CUGUACCUCUCUCCCUCUCACACUGCUGAGCUGCUCAUUCAAGCCGGCUCCACGAUGCAGAGAGGGACGCUGUUGGCCGUGAGUGUGCUCUGCUGGAGCGCCAGCGUCUGUGUGGUUGGAGCCAUCCAGAGGGCUGAUCUGUUUCCUUACGGCUCUCUGAGUGGAGAUUUGAUUCUGGCAGAGGGCGACGAUGAAACGUCCAAAGUGCUGACCCUACCCAGACCCUUAUACUUCUACGACUCCCAGUUCACCCAGCUAUACGUGGCGACCAAUGGCAUCAUAUCAGCUCAGGACCUGCCAAUGGAAAAGCAGUAUGUGGACGACGGCUUCCCGACAGAUUUCCCUGCAGUGGCACCAUUCCUGGCGGACAUCGACACAAGCGGAGGGCGAGGACAGAUUUACUACAGGGUGACCGAAACGCCCAGUGUGCUCAACAAGAUGGCCCAGGAGGUUCAUCGAGGAUUCCCAGACGCAAAGUUCACACCCACGCAUGUCGUGGUCGCUACAUGGGAGAACGUAGCAGCUUAUGAGGAACAAACACGGACUGUUGGACCUUCCAACAAGGUCAAUACGUUCCAGGCAGUAAUUGGCUAUGAUGAGACUGACUCAUACGCUCUCUUCCUCUAUCCUGAAGAUGGCCUGAACUUCUUUGGGACACGACCCAAGGAAUCUUACAAUGUGGAGAUAGAACUUCCUGCUAGAGUUGGAUUCAGCAGAGGAGAAAUCACGUAUUUAAUCUUCUCACGGACUGAAGGACCUCACUACAGCGUGACCAGUGAUGAGCAGUCGGUGAAAAACCUCUACCAGGUUGGUAACACUGGGAUACCUGGCGUUUGGCUGUUCCACACUGGAAACCGCUACUCCUUUGACAACAUUGUUCCUGCAUCUAUUAGUGGCAUCCUUGCUCCACCUCCAACUGGACUAUAUGGCCUCUCUCUGGACACCACCACCCCUGAAUACGCUGAGUUCGAGGAAUACCCAGACAACACUUUUGACCCUGAUAACCAAGACGAAGACGACGACUACCCUCUGACAGGCGGGGACCCUGAAUUCCAGCCUGCCCCUGCCGGUGGGGAACAGCCCGAGUCCGUUCAACCAGCAAGUCCUGAUGUCCCCUCGUCUCCUUCAGAGGAGUCUGAACAGCAUGGAAGCGAGGAUGUGCCAUUGACUUCUGAACCCAGGUUUAGUCUGGAGCCAGCUGAGAGGCAGUAUGCUCCGCCUAAUCCAGAGGGGGGUGCUCCGCAGACUGAGGAACAGCCGCCGCAGGCUCCUCUGGAGGUGGUGGAUGUCUACCCCCCUCACAGAAACGAACCCCCCCUCUCCCCUGGAGGUCACGUUGUCAGCGUGGAUGAAGACGAUGUUGAUUUUGACACUGGAGUGAUUCAGUACACAACAGAGAAUAAGGAAACAUGUGCCAGAUUCCGGCAGCAGUGCUCUCAGAAUGCAUUCUGCUCCGACUAUGCUACAGGCUUCUGCUGUCACUGCCGGCUUGGUUUCUAUGGAAACGGACGCCACUGUCUACCUGAGGGUGCUCCACAGAGAGUCAGUGGGAAGGUGAGUGGCACGGUGACGGUCGGAUCGACUCCAGUGGAGCUGAACAACAUCGAUCUGCAUGCGUACAUCGUGGUCGGAGACGGGCGGGCGUACACCGCCAUCAGCGAGGUACCUGAGCCGGUGGGCUGGGCUCUGAUGCCUCUUGCACCAAUAGGAGAGCUGUUUGGAUGGAUGUUUGCUCUGGAGCUGCCCAAUAGCCAAGCAGGGUUCAAAAUCACAGGUGCUGAGUUCACUCGCCACGCAGAGGUGAUCUUCUACCCUGGAAACCAGCGCCUGUCAAUCAUCCAGACAGGCCGUGGCCUCGACGAUCACAACCACAUCACUGUGGACACCGUAGUGAGCGGAAACGUGCCGUUCCUUCCUCCUGGAGCUGAAGUCACCAUGGACCCUUUCAAGGAGACCUACCAGUACUACCCAUCUGUUGCAACGUCCACCUCUGUGAGGGAGUACGUGGUCACUUCAGCAGAGCGAGGCUCCGAGUCGUUCUCCUUCCAGCUGAGGCAGAACAUCACGUACCGCGACUGUCGGCACGACAACCGCGCCAAUGCCCCGGAGACGCUGCAGAUCACCAUGGAGAGGGUGUUUGUGAUGUACGUAAAGGAGGAGCGCAUCCUGAGAUACGCCAUCACCAACAAGAUCAGCCAAGUCGGAGUUGAGCCAACAGGACCAGAGCUGGUGAACCCUUGCUACGCUGGAAACCACGACUGCGACACUACCGCUCAGUGUAUCCCACUGGAGGGCCAGAACUUCCAGUGCCAGUGUGCUACUGGUUACAGCGGAGAUGGACGCAACUGCUACGACAUAGACGAGUGUGCUGAGAACCUGAGUUCCUGCGGCGCUCAUUCUCAGUGUGUGAACCUGCCUGGUAGCCACCGCUGCCAGUGCCAGAGCAGCUACGAGUUCGGCUUCGAUGGACGUACCUGUGUCGACAUCGAUGAAUGCAGCUCCUCUCCCUGUCACGUCAAUGCCAGAUGUAUCAAUGGCCUGGGCUCCUUCCAGUGUCAGUGCAGGCCUGGGUUUUAUGGCGAUGGUUUUUAUUGUUCCCAGCAAGAAGGUCAGACAGUUCGUCCCAAGACCCAGUGUGAGCAGCACAGAGACAGUCUGCAGGGUGGAGAACCAGGAGGUCUACCAAGUGUUGGAGCCUUCGUCCCACAGUGUGACGCCGAUGGAGGCUACCGACCACUGCAGUGUCACGGCUCUACUGGACAUUGUUGGUGUGUGGAUAGCAGAGGGCAGGAGAGAGUGGGAACCAGGACGCCACCUGGUACAGCACCCAAAGACUGUGACAGACCAGAUGAACCAGAACACCCUAAAACUCAGUGUGAGCACCACAGAGACAGCGCACAGACCACCAGUCCAGAGGGGUAUCCCAUAGUUGGAGCCUACGUACCUCAAUGUGAUGCUAAAGGACAGUACAUGCCUUUGCAGUGUCAUGGUUCUUCUGGACAGUGUUGGUGUGUAGAACGUAAUGGACAGGAGAGAGCAGGAACAAGAACCCCACCUGGUACAACUCCAGUAGGCUGCAGCAAAACAGAUGAACCAGAGCGUCCUAAAACUCAGUGUGAGCACCACAGAGACAGCGCACAGACCACCAACCCAGAGGGAUAUCCCAUAGUUGGAGCCUACGUACCGCAGUGUGAUGAGAGUGGACAGUACAGAUCAUUACAAUGCCAUGGUUCCAGUGGACAUUGUUGGUGUGUGGACAGUAGGGGACAGGAGAGGUCAGGAACCAGGACUCCACCUGGGACACAACCCAGAGACUGUGACAGACCAGAUGAACCAGAGCGUCCUAAAACUCAGUGUGAGCACCACAGAGACAGUGUACAGACCACCAGUCCAGAGGGAUAUCCCGUAGUUGGAGCCUACGUACCUCAGUGUGAUGCCAACGGGCAAUACGCACCACUACAGUGUCACCGCUCUAGUGGGCAUUGCUGGUGUGUCGACAAUAAUGGACAAGAAAGAGCGGGAACCAGGACGUCACCUGGUGCACCCCCUACUGACUGUGACAAACCAGAUGAGCCAGAGCGUCCUAAAACUCACUGUGAGCAGCACAGAGACGGUGCACUGUCCACCAGUCCAGAGGGAUAUCCCAUACCAGGACUGUUUGUACCUCAGUGUGAUGCUAACGGACAAUACACACCUCAACAGUGCCACGGCUCCACUGGACACUGCUGGUGUGUGGACAUCAGGGGGGAGGAGAGAGCAGGAACCAGGACUCCACCUGGUACAACACCUGUGGACUGUGAAAGACCAGAUGAACCACAACGUCCUAAAACUCACUGUGAGCACCACAGAGACAGCGUGCAGACCACCAGUCCAGAGGGCUAUCCUUUAUUAGGAGUAUAUGUACCUCAGUGUGAUGAAAAUGGACAGUACUCAUCACUGCAGUGUUUCAGCUCUACUGGAGAUUGUUGGUGUGUGGAUAGUACAGGACAGGAGAAACGAGGAACCAGGAGAUCACGUGAUCAACCACCCCUGGACUGUGACAAACCAGAUGAACCACAACGCCCUAAAACUCACUGUGAGCACCACAGAGACAGCGUGCAGACCACCAGUCCAGAGGGUUAUCCCUUAUACGGAGCAUAUGCGCCUCAGUGUGAUGCUAACGGACAGUACAUAUCGCUGCAGUGUUUCAGCUCCAUUGGUGAAUGUUGGUGUGUGGACAGUUCAGGGCAGGAAAGACCAGGAACCAGGACAUCACGUGGUCAGCAACCCCCAGACUGUGACAGACCAGUCCCUGUGCGUCCAACCCAGCGCCCUGAGAGUGUAUGUGAGCGAUGGAGAGCCAGUUUGAUUGAGCACUAUGGCGGAAAGCCAGACGCACAACAGUACGUUCCUCAGUGCGAGGCAGAUGGACAGUUCAGUCCUGUCCAGUGUUAUGGAGAGACCACUUACUGCUGGUGUGUGGACCAGGAUGGAAGGGAGGUUCCUGGCACUCGAUCACAUGAUGUUGUCAAACCUGCAUGCCUUCCGUCCGUGGCCCCGCCCACUGUGCACCCACUGCCCACCCCAAGUGUGACCCCUCCCCCAAACACUGACAUCACCCUGCUGUACGCUCAGGGACAGAAAAUCGGAGCGCUGCCACUCAACGGGACACGACUGGAUGCAAGCAGGGCCAAAACACUUCUGACCCUACAUGGCUCAAUAGUUGUGGGUAUAGCCUUUGACUGCAGAGAGAACCGAGUCUAUUGGACAGAUUUAUCCGCAAGAACCAUCAACAGAGCCUCAAUGGCCACCGGAGCUGAGCCAGAGAUCCUCAUUAACACAAAUCUGGUCAGUCCGGAGGGCCUAGCAGUGGACGUCAAUCGUAGGAAGAUGUUCUGGGUCGACUCAAACCCUGAUGUAAUUGAGACCGCAAACUUGGAUGGAAGUGAGAGGCGGACGCUGUUUGACACCGACUUGGUCAACCCCAGAGCCAUCAUAGUGGUCUCAUCCACAGGGAGUCUCUACUGGACCGACUGGAACCGAGAGGCUCCAAAGAUCGAGUGCUCAACAGUGGACGGGCAGAACCGCAGGGUGGUGGUGUCUGACGGGAUCGGCCUGCCGAACGCUCUCACAUAUGACUCUUCUUCAGGACAGAUCUGCUGGGCUGAUGCAGGAACGAAGCGACUGGAGUGCGUUUCACCAGACGGUUCGGGUCGGAGAGUGAUCCACCCCAGCGUCAACUACCCGUUCAGCAUGGUUUACUACAGGAACCACUUCUACUACACUGACUGGAGGAGGGACGGAGUGAUUGCAGUGAGUAAAGCCAGCAGUCAGCUCAUUGAUGAAUACCUGCCUGACCAGCGCUCUCACCUGUACGGCAUCGCAAUAGCAACUAACCAGUGUCUACCAGGGAGCCAUUAACGACGGACUGGCAGAGUCCUUUGGUGCUAAAGUUCUGGGGCGACCCCUGAUCAGAGGGCAGGAUGGACAGAAAAGUCACUGCCCCUCAGAAGAAAGGACACUCAGUCGGGAGCAAGAGGGCUUCCUGCCUCCAGAAUCUACAACCCUUCCACUCUCCCUGACCCCGCUCCUGUUAUCUCACCUUAAAGAUAUAACCCCCAAAUUAAAUGUUUUGUAAAUUUGUUUUAUACCUCAUUUUUUAGUUUUUUUUUCUACUGUAUUUUUGUACGUGUGUUGUUUUUUUCUAGUUUUCUAUAAAAGCAAUAAAAGCUACAGGAGACCAGAUUUUAAAAUUUAUGUGAGCGAAGGUUUUCUGUUCUUUAAAGCCAAAGAAGAAUCACAUUAAAAGAUUUUUAAAAUGUUUGCGCCGAAGUGAGGCUGAGCAUCGGUUUUCUGGCCACAGUGGCUUUCAAUUUUAGUCAGCUUAGUAACUAGGUCAAAGGUCAGUGGGAUGGUUAUAUGUUCCAAAGACAGAGAAUGUUACAACUGUAAUUUAACUUUAUUAAAUCAAAAGCUCACAGAGCUUGUUGUUACCACCUGCCUUGAGGCUCUAAGCUAGGCCAUACUUAUUAUUUUCCAGAUUAAGCUUGACAUGACUAUUUCCUUUCUUCCUAAGAUGUGAAAAGUGCCAACUGUACUAUUUUUAAGUAUUAACCUUCAAUAUAAAAAUGGUAGAAAGUUACAGCUAGCUAAGUGGCAAAUCUUUUAAGACAAAACAACAAAAACAAAAGAUGCAUUUGGCUCACUUGUAAGCUAGCAGUACCUUUAGAGCUUGUCAGUUAACGUCUGUCUUUGACUUUUGCCAGCUCAAAAAAAACAGAAAUAAAAGGAGAAACACCGGUGUUAAAGAAAGUUGCUAGCUACUUUGGUUGCCAGGCUAGCCGUUUCUACCACCCUGUGAUAAGGCUUGCUGCUCCCCUGCUUUGGGUCUCUAAGCUAGGCUAUGCUAAUUAUUUUCCAAAUGGCUACUAACUUAACAGCGGUGGCAUUGUUGUUUCAUUUCCUCCCAAGAUGUGAAAAGUGCCAGCACUUCCAUUUUUCAGUGUAAACAUUUUAGAGAAAAAUUGUAGAAAGUUAUAGUUCGCUAAGUGGCAAAACAACAACAACAAAGAUGAGUUUGGCUCAUUUGAAAGCAAGCAGUACCUACACCAGAAAUAAAAAGAGACUGGUUUUAUUGGGAGUUGCUAGCUACUCUGGUUGCCAUGCUUUCCACCUGCUUUGGAUCUCUAAGCUAGGCUAUGCUAAUUAUUUAAAAUAACAAGCUUGUUAUAACAACAGUAUGACUAUUAUUUCUUUUCCUUCUAAGAUGUGAAAAGUGCCGGUGCUACCAUUUUUAAAUGUUAACUUUGAAGUUAAAAACAGUAGAAAGUUAGCCUGGCAACUCAACAGCUCAGUUAGCUACCAAGGAGCAACAGCUUUCAGUCUCUCAGCCAGGCUAAGCUAACCAAUUCCCAGUUUAGGCACGGGGGAAGAUGUGCUGAGGAUAAAACUAUUAUUUGCUUUCUUGCUGAGAAGAAAAUGUAAAUAUUAUCACCAUUCCUUCUAUUGUAGUGUUUAUUAUGAAGACAGAAAUGGUAAAACGUUAGCAUAGUAGCAAAAACAGCUCGUUUAGCUUAGUAGCUAAACAACAGGAAACAGCCUAGCUUGGCUCCAUUUGAAACUAUCUUCCUCAUAAAUACGUUUUUGUAUUAUCAGUACAAAAAUGGGAACGUUCAGGAAUUCAGUAUGAAGGAUAAGAGAGACAGUUAGCUUAGUAGGAAAACGACUCAGCCCGAAAGCAAAUCUAUGAAACAGCUCAGUUAGCUAGGUGCCAAAACAACAGAGCACAAGCUAGCUUUGCUCCAACUAAAGCUGUCAGUUGGUUACCAUUAAAGCUCAUCGCUUAACAUGUAUUGAUUUUUAUCAGCAAAAAAACUAAAAACAAAUGUACAACUUUUGAAUUGAAGGUAGCUGCUAGCUAAUACGUUUGCUAGGCUAGAUGCUCCUCAGAAUCAGCAUUAUAUUUUUGGGUGAAGAUGUAAGAAAGGUGUCGCUAGUCUUUUUCUUUUCUAUUCUCUAUUGAGAGGAAGAUGUGAAAAAUGCCACCAGUUCUUCUCCACAUGUUGAAAAUGAUAAGGGUUAGUUAGCUAGGUGGCGAAACGACAUCAAAAAAAAGAUGAGUUUGGUUCAACUGCAAGCUAGCACCCUUUAGCUUGUCAGUAAAUGUGUAUCUUUUAACUUUUGUCAGCUCAAACACUCGAAAUAACGGGAGGUACACUGGUAUAAUGGAAGUGGCUAGCUUCUUUGGUUGCCAGGAUAGUUUUUUCCAUCACCUUGCUUUAAAGCUAGCUUAAGCUAAAAGUUUCUUAGCUUCAGCUUAGUACCCAGCAUUUACACAGGAAUUUUCUGAUGCAAACAAAAACCAUCUAAUAAGACAAGUGCCUGUAUGUUUUCACUUGUAAAGUUUGGCAUUGUUGAGCGACUGAAACGUUUCAUGGAAAAAUCAGCAAUAAUCUGCUUCCCUCAGCCCUGUGUGCCAUUCAGACCACACUGACUCCAGUCCUGCACUAAUUAUCUAUCUUUACCCAAUGAAACAAUGUUCCAUCCUGUUUUUGUUUGCCAAAUAUUUUUACUACAUCUACUUUUCAAAUCUCUUUUUUG